AUGGCAGCCUCACGCUCAGUCGACAUCAGUUAUGUGCCCGCAGAUUGCGGCUCUGUUCUUCCAGGAAAAUCCAAGGCACCCCAGGCCUUCCAAGACGUCGGCAUUGUAGACGAGCUACGCAAGUCUGGCAUCCCGUCCGUCUCAGAACACCACGCUCUGGAUUCUCCCGCAACGUUCAAAGCAACAACUUUUUCUCCGGGCCAUGUCCGCAAUGAAGACGUCAAUGUAUCCGUCUGCCAGUGCGUACGUCGCACCAUCGCGCAAAACCUCAGCGCCUCAUCCUCCGUCCAGCCACCUUUCCAGCUGAUACUCGGCGGAGAAUGUGGUAUGUCACCUGCGGUCCUUUCUGCCUUCUGGCAGCAUGCGGGCUCGCAGUCACCUCCCGCGCGAGUGGGCCUCGUCUACAUCGACGCAGAUACCGAUUUCGCCUCGCCCACCGACCCCAACUCUACAGGCAUCUUCGCAGGCAUGAACAUGACGCACCUCACCGGGUCGUCCGGCGCACUUCAGAGCAUGAAGCAGUUCUCCCGCCCGUCCGGCGAGCCCGUCUGCGACUCGUUCAACACGGUCCUGUUCGGCACCAACAUGUCCUUCCCCGGAAACAAGCCCGAGCACUUUGCAUAUUUCUUCGACAAUGACUACAAGGUCUUCAGUUCAGCCUCCGUGGCGCGCGAGCCCGAGAAGCGUGCGGCGGACGCACUGAGGUAUCUCGAGGAUAGAGUCGACGUUAUCAUGGUGCACCUGGACGUUGACUCGAUCGAUCCGCGGAUGUUCCCACUAGCACACCUGCCGAACUUCACGGGGGUUGAGUUUGAGGAGAUGAUGCGGGCGUUGAAAGUGUUUCUGGGGAGUGAGAAGGUUGGGGGCUUGACGAUUGCUGAAGUCAAUCCCGAUCAUGACCCAGGGCUGGAGAUGGUGCGGAGACUGACAGGUCAGGUCGUGGAGAUGUUGGCUGCGAGGAGUGGGAAGGUGGAGGGCUCUCAAGGACUCUAG